AUGGUUCCUUCUUCUUCCUUUGCUUCUCUUUGUUUCACGCUAAACUGCAAGUCUGCAACCGAAGCCGCUCUUGCAAUUGUUGCAGCGAUAGAAGUCGCUCUUGCAGUUGUUGCUUCUGAUUCUUCUACCAUGUAUUGUCCCGAUGACUAUAUCCCCAAACGGGAGUGGCUAAGCAGAGGAGGCAUCAUUGCUGACUCGGAUCAAGGACAGACCCAACAGAACGGUGGAAAGGCCUCUGUACUUUGUGAAGCUACUCGAUUGUUGAGGGUCUCGUUAAGCCAGAUUGAGUGCCUCAAAAAGGAGCAUGCAUCUCUCUUGUCUGAAUCUAACUAUGUGACCGUUGAGAAGAAUGAGCUGAGGGAGGAGAAUUCUGCCCUAGAAAUCGAGAUUGAAAAACUACAAAGUGAACUAGAAGAGAGAAUAGUCCAAUCUAAACCCGACUUGAAUGUACCUCCUCCCGAAUUUCAGCUACCAGAACUGACGUCACAUUUCCCGGGAGACUCUGUCAGAUUGCCUGCUGUAGAACCCUCAUCACAUCAAUUAUUUGCUGUCUUUGUCCUCCCCAUUCGUCCAGAGGCAUUGCUUGAUGUUACCCAGCAGACAUUUAAGCCCAACUCAAAUGUGAGCAAACCACAUGCCAGGUAUCCCACUCCAAUGGAUUCAUGGCCAUCCCAACUUCUUGGGGAGCAACCAACAGCAAGGAAGGAAUUUUAACUUAGUGGUAGCAAUUCC